AGAGCCACAAACACCGUAGAAACUGAAACAAAUUAAGCUCUACUUGGAGAAGCCAUGGCUCAUUCUUUUGCUCCUCCCAAUCCUUCUAAGCUGUGUCUCUCCUCAGCACUUUUCAUCUCUCCUCCUCGGCUCGCUAAUAAAAUUAUGAUCCCUAAUUACCCCCUCCUCACCAACAUGAUUUCUCCACGGAUCCGCAUGAAUCGGAGGGUGCGUUUAGUUCGAGCAAUGCAACCGCCUCGUUCCAACCGCGCUGAGCCAGCUCAAGACAAUCCAAAGGUGACAAAUGUCAAUCACACCAGCAGUCCAGGGCUCCCAAAAUUUUCUCUAUUCAAUUUCGCUACAUGGGUGCAGUGGAUCUUGGGCAUGAUCAUAUUCGUGGCUUUGCCAUCCUACAAGAGAUUCUUAACAAUCGAAGAUCAAGUUGACAAGACCGCGGUGGCGGUGGUGGAGAUGGUGGAGCAAGCAGCAGAGACGAUAGAGAAGAUAUCGUCAGAAGUAGCAGAAACCCUCCCAGAAAACAGCGAACUAAAAGAAACUGUUUUGAAGGUAGAGCAUAUUGCAGAGGAAGUUAUCAAGGAUGCGGAAUUAGUCGACUCCGUAAUCAACAAGGUUGAUGAUUUUGUUGAUGAGGUGGAUGCAAUGGUGGAGCCUAUCAUUGAAGGAAAGUUCUUAAUUAGGAGGCAGAGCCAUGAACAGAAGGCCACUUAAUUGAUGUUGUGAUUAUUUGUUUAAUUAAACCUACUAAUGUCGUUUUCUUAACUAAUUAAACCUACAUAUCUAAUGUUCUAAUUAGAUUUGAA